AUGGUUAUUCAGCACAAAUGUGUUAACCAUUAUAGAGUAAGCGUCCCGCUCGAUCGAUUUAAAGGCUACGAAAUGUACUAUUGCCAAAAUUCUGCUGAAACAGACUCGCCUUUUGGACCAAUCUACCAAAUUCGUCUCAUUUUGGUUAACUCGAGUUUUGAAAAGAAGAUUCUCAUUGGUUUCCCAGGAAUUCAACGACUCAAUAUUUUUGAGAAGAACCCAUUUCUUUACUAUUCUCAAGGAAAAUGGUGGACAAACGAUUACAGCAAAGACGGAGUAAAAUAUUUUGUAAAUUUUGUGGUUUUCAAAGCGGUCCCAUUGAAUGAUCAAUGUACAUGGGAUAGAGUGGAAAGAGCGGAAUGGCUCGAGGUUGGAGAUCCGCGACCUCGUGUAGUAGUGGAUGGGCUAAUGCUGAAAAUGUGGAGUGAUUCGCGAAAGUUCCACGCCUUACAAGGUAAAAGAAAG